AUGUUGACUGUGACCGCCACCCAAAGUGCCGACGGCUUCGUCGGAUUCCCUGUGGGGCCGCCCGGCACCGCCUUCUUUGUCAAAGCCAGUGCGAAUGCGGCGGACAAAGUCAACGCGGAGGAGGCGGCGGCUAGCCACUUUGACAACCAUGUCGACUCGAGCGCGGGAAACAUUGGUCUGCGUGAAGACGUCGUGUUCACGAAAAACCAUGCGAACGCCGUCGCAAACGACCGCGGCUUUGCCGAUGCCAUCGCGAAGAAGAACGCGGUCCAACAGUACGAUGCCAACCAGGUUGCCAAGGGCGCCGUGUUCUUUGGCCGCCGUCUGGACGACUUGGAGUGCGGCGGCGGGGGGUGUGGAGGCGGGUACGUCGACGACCUUAUCCCUCCGUCGGGGUUCAACGCCGCCAAGCAGUCGGCGGCCUCGCUGAACAAGGCGGACGCGCUCAACGCCGCGAGUCAAGGUCGAGAGAGCGACGCCCACAAGCGCGCCGACUCGAAGGUCGCGGAGCGACACAAUGUAGACUUGGAAGGAUUUGCCGAGUCGAAUGCCAAGUCCAAGGCGGGGGCGCAAGCCUUAUCGAAGGCCAACUUCUUUCGCAUCCGCGACGUCGACCAAGCGCGCGGCGUCGUCCAGAACAACGGGCUGUUUGUCCGCCGAGCGUUGCGUGCGUCCGACUGA